UACAGUUGUUUGUACGUUUUUCCUUCGAAGUGUAUAAUAUUUAUCUGUGAUGUUUCCUUUUAAAAGUGAAUUAGCAAAUUCUGUAAGACAUGGACCCAUUAUAAAAUGGUUAUUACGGCAUACAACACAAAUGUGUGAACUUCAAAGAAUAUGUUAUGGAGAACUACCUGGAGCACCAAGAACACUAGCUAUAGAGGAAUCUCUUAAAUUAUCUAGAAAUCCUAACAUUAAAACUCUUAUAGGCUACUUGAAUGAUUUUGCUGAUCAACGUGCACUCAAGGGAAAAACGAGACAUAAAAUUUUCAAAGAAGCAAUUGCAACUGUGUUGGUGACUAAGAAAGUAAAUCCAACAGCUCAUCCUGACUUUGCCAAAUCAUUUGGUAAAUGUAUACUGUUAAUUUGGGGCUAUAGACAACUUUGUGUGGAAUGUGAAGAACUUAGGAAAACACCUUAUGAUGCUGACAAUCUAUUGCAUGAAUUCUCGUUAUUAAACAUAUGGAAUCUUUUGAUGCCUGAUGAGUGUUUAGAUGCUAGAGUUACCAAACAAUGGCAACACAUUGGCUUUCAGGGUGAUGACCCAAAAACUGAUUUCCGUGGAAUGGGAAUUUUGGGAUUAGAAAAUCUACUUCAUUUUGCUAAAGAAUACCCUAGUGCUGCAAGACACGUAUUAUCACAUUCAACACAUCCACGUUAUGGUUAUGCAUUUGCCAUAGUUGGAAUAAAUUUAACAAGUAUGGCUCUAAGAUUAUUAAAAGAUGGAAGUGCCAAGCCUUUUAUUUAUAGUUUCUCAAAGGACUUUCCAACAAUUCGUGCAUUUCAUUCCUUUUAUUGCUAUCUUUUCUAUAAAUUCGAUAGUUUUUGGAUUGAUUCAAAACCAAGUAAUAUGAUGGAAUUUUCAUCCAUACAAGAAAAAUUUGAAAAUAGUAUCAGAAUAGCACUAGCUAACCCAUCAACGGUCUUUAAGAUAAAUAUAUCAGUAGAUAAUGUUUAA